CCGCAAUUAAUUCUCUUCUAGUUUUAAGCUUACAGCUGUCUUCGUAGGUGGUCAGUGCGGUGCCUGCUUGUCAAGUAUCCUCGUGCUACCACGUGGGCUUUGCUUAUCUGAUGUUGGGGCGAUAUCAGGACUCUAUACGGAUGUUUUCGAAUGUUCUUCAGUAUAUCCUGCGCACCAAGCCUUACAGUCGCUCGCAGCAGCAUGGGCAGUUGUUCAAAAAGACGAGCCAGCUGCAUCAGCUACUGGCCAUUGCCGUGUCCCUUCAACCGCAGCGCAUUGACGAGCAACUCCACGGCGCCCUCCGGGAGACUUUAGGCGAGAAGUUGCUCAAGCUACAGAAGGGCGAUUUAGAAACUUAUCAGGAUAUGUUUUUGUUUUCCUGUCCCAAGUUCAUUCCCGUGGGCAAUCCCACUUCUGCCGAUCCUCAGUUGGAUCCACAAAGAUCACAAGUUGAACUUUUUAUGGAUAAAGUUCACCAACAGCUACUGCUCAACACGCUUAAGAGCUAUCUGCGCCUAUACGCCUCUAUGCCCGUUAGAAAACUGGCCUCCUUUAUGAAAACGGACGAGCCCACCAUUCGAUCUUAUCUUCUCGCUUUUAAGCGCAAAAGCCAAUCAUUGGUAUGGAGCGAGGGACCCCCGCUGACCGGCACGCUCGUUAAUAAUUCUGGCAUCGACUUUUAUAUAAACGAAGACAUGGUUCAUGUGGCCGCAACAAAAAUGGAGAGGCGCUACGGUCAGUAUUUUGUUCGUCAGAUAGUUAAGUUCAACGGCUUAAACGAAACGCUUUCAAAAAUACAGUGA